AUGUCCAUUCCGUUUAAUUUAUCCAAGCUUCCAAUCUACGAUCAUUGUUUCUCCGCUGACAGAACACAUGUCGCUGUUACUCAAGAUAAAGAUGUUGCGAUUUACAACUUGUCAAAUCCAAAGAGCCCACAAUUAGUGACCACUCUGAAGCAUCACGAUAAGCCUGUUACCGCCCUUGAUAUUUCUGCUGACGGCAAAAUUGUAACUUGCUCUCAAGAUCGAAAUGCACUCGUUUGGACUCCGCAGCCCAACAAGACUUAUAAGGAAACAUUAGUUUUGUUGAGAAUUAACAGGGCAGCUACAUGUGUUAGGUGGUCCCCUAAUGGUGCCAAAUUUGCGGUUGGAUCAUCUGCAAGAGUUAUUUCGGUUUGUUAUUUUGAGGAUGAAAAUGACUGGUGGAUUUCCAAACAUAUCAAGAGGCCAAUCAAAUCCACUAUUCUUUCGCUCGACUGGCACGAGAACAAUGUCUUGUUAUCAUGUGGUUCAACUGAUGGUCAUUUGCGUGUUUUCUCAGCUUAUAUCAAGGGCGUCGAUAGUAAGCCUUUGGGUACUAUCUGGGGUGAAAGACUCCCAUUCCAAACUUUAUGCCUAGAUGUUAAUUUGAAUUCUUGGGUUCAAGAUGUGAAAUUCUCUCCGGAUUAUCAAUUUGUUGCUGGUGUGGGCCAUGAUUCUAGUGUUUAUAUUAUUUACCCAGGCACUGGAGAAUUGGAAGUUGCAGAGGUUGUCAGAGUUAAAACGUCUCAUUUACCGUUUACUUCUCUCUUGUUUGCUAACAAUAGCAAAUUAAUUUGCGCAGGAUAUGAUUGCCAUCCUGUUGUAUUUGAAGGUAAUCAAGCGGGAUGGAUUGAAACAUAUUCAGUGGACGACCCUAAAAAGAAGACAGCUAAAAAUGUUGAAAACCAAUCUGCCUUGAAUAUGUUUAGACAAAUGGAUUUGAAAGGUUCCACCGAAACUAAGAGCAGCAAUUUGUUGACAAUCCAUCAAAACACUAUCACAUCAUUGAGACCUUUUCAAUAUGAUGCUAAUGGCCUGAUUAGAUUUAGCUCAUCUGGUAACGAUGGUAAAGUUGUAGUUUUCGAAGUCUGA